AUGGUGAAGCGCACUCUCGACUCCGACUCCACAACACAACGUAGAGUCAAGCCUACUCUCGUUGACUGGAGGCCAUUCAAGAUCACCAACUUGGACGAUGGCGAGGUCGUACACCAGACCUCCCUUAUUAUUCAUGGCGAAUGCCAGAAUUUUGAUUAUGCCGAGGAAACCAACUAUGUUUCGGUCUCUACAUCUGAUAUCCUGAAGCGGUCUCAUUCAGCCCAAAACUGGCCACUGAACAAAGGCCAGUGGAGUGCACUCGUGAUGCUUUCCCCGGGAACCAACAAGCUGUCCUUUAAGCUUCAUCACGUUGGAGGAAUUUCAGGUUCUCUGGAAAUUUCCGUCAACUAUCUUCCCCUAUUGCAACUGCCUCCCCUACAUCUCGCUAUCCUCGUUGCAAAGGACUCGUCUCUACUUAUCGACUGCCCGCCAGCAAAGUAUGGGGGAGUGUCUAGCGCCCAUAGCAGCAUUGAUGCAGCAAUCUCCAAGCUUCGCAUGUCAGCAUACAUGUGGCAGGCCUUCACUGCCGAGGACUUCCGCCAGAAAGGACUCGGAAGACGCUCGUUCCGCCUGGAGGAGGAAUGGUCCCCCAAUACUACCAUGCAAAAGACCCAUCAAUAUGUUCCAGGUGACAGCAAUCAGAUGGGCCCUAUGGCAAAGGUUCAUAUUAUCCGGUCGGAGAAGACCGUCGCAGAGCUCAGGAAUGCCAACGUUGCGCAGCAAAACCCGCGUGGCCGGGACCGAGAUGCCUUGCACGGUUAUUUCGAACAAGCAUUGAUUGAUGCUGGUGCUCCCUUCGAUUCCAAGAGUCGACCAAUCGUUGCUGGUUUGAUUCUGGAUUCCCAUUACUCUACCCAGCAAUCCCUGAUCACGGCACAUGCGGCCCUGGGUUGCCACAAGCCCGGUGGUGUCUCCCUGGGAAUUUUUGGAAGCCAUCUUACCUACUCCUGGCCACGCUUCAUCGAGGAGAUUCCUGCCUGCCUGACAGACAUGACUCAUCCUGGAGAGACCGUUGGCAACGACAAUGGCGAGUGUGACACCAUGCGUGGCGCAUGCUUCGUCGGCCAAGGUGCAUUUAUGCACGAGGUGGGCCACGCAUUUGGUGCUGGCCAUACCACGGGUAUCAUGGCCAGAGGUUAUAGCAAAUCCUGGGGUAUGAACUUCAUUCAACACAAGGACAACGGGUCGAUGAAGAACGAGGCGAAAUGGGAUUUGCAAGACACGCUGCAGUUCAAGUUGUUACCGCAUUUCGCUCUUCCCGGUGACGAUCCCGUGACAAAGUCGUUCCAGAAGGCUAAUGUGAAGAUUGGAGUUUCUCUGGGAGGAGAUGAUGACCCCAUGGAUCCUGAGGAUAAGACUGAGGGCCUGAAGAUUUCGUGUUCUGCAGGACUUGCGCAGGUGAAGAUCCAGACUGGCGAGGGUAACCCUGUCGUCCAUGACUUUAUGGGAGAUGGCAAGCCUCCUUGCACCGAGUUCAAAAUUACCGAAAUUCGAGAGGAAUUUGACCAGACCAAACCUCUGAAGAUCACUGCUCUGGGAUUGAAUGGCAACAAACGUGUCGUUGCAGACUUCUGGGCCUUGCUCAAGGAUCUUCCUUUCGUUCUUAUUCCAGACAGCGACGUUGUUAUUCAGAAGCAAUCUGUUCGGUCCCGAAAUCUCGAAGCGGCUGAAAACGAUGACAACUUCAUGAAGUGGGCCAUGCUUCUUCACCACCGUGGCGCAGAUGGCAAAUUGCAUCCUGCUACAUCAAUUGAUCUCCGGGUCGGAUGCACCAUGGAUGGAGCCGUUGUUUACUACGCUGAUGGUAAGCACGCCAAUUGUGGUCCGGCGCGAAACAGUCACAAUGGCCAACCGCACCGCUUUGGUGGACACGCGUCGCAGCGACGUGACAUCCCUGCUGGCGAGCAGAUCACCCAGGUCAAGAUCUGCAAGAGAGACGACGGAUGGGGAAGUCUGUCGGGCAUUCGGAUGACUCUGAGCAAUGGAGAGACCUGGGGUGCUCUCAACACUACUGGCAAUGGCGACGAUGAGGACGAGGACGACGACAACGAUAGCUCUGACGAGAAUGAUCAGAAGGAUGAAUCUGAUAUCGUGAUCCUGGAACCAGCAGAGGAUGAGGUCAUUGUUGGAUUCUAUGGAAAGAGCGAUAAGGGCUGUGGGUUCACCUAUGAGUUUGGUAUCUUGACUGUCCCGAAGGGAGUAGAGCUACCGGAGAACGCUUAUGAUAUGGCGGAACUGAGAAAUGAUUUUUGA